GGAUGUGAAUCCGCGCGAGAGCACAAAACUGACUGCGUGUGUGAGGUUGCCACAUAAGAGCCUUUUUUUUAUGCAAGCAAUAACAAAGAUUAGGUGGGCGUGAAAGGUGCUCUUUAGUAGGGAUAGUAAAGUACCACCAAACUGAUCUCGGUUGCGAAAAGUGCCUGUGUUUCUUUGUUUCGAAAUCGUUUUGGCUCGUUUUAAGUUUUCGCGCUCGGUAAGAACGGCGUCCCCAAAAAUGCUGACGGUGUUUGGAUGAAAUUAGCGUGAAAGUGAGUGUGCGUGUGUGUGUGUGUGGCUCGUUUUUUACGUCAGUGUGUGACUCCUUGGAUCCUGGAGGAAAUAUAUCCGCGUGCCCCGAAUAUCCGAAUCAACAAUUUACAAUAAAGCAACAAACAAAUCAACCAAACAAAACAUCACGCAGAGCAUCAACGCACAAGUUUCAACCGUCAGCCAUUGCAGUUGGCACACAUACGCUCCACCCCGGUGUAUGUGGGGUGUUGCAUUCAAGGUGAGGCUACAUCUCGGAUGCAACUGUUUUCGGGCGGACAAUGGACUACUGUGCCCGGGGUCAGCAUUUUAGCAGCAGCCGCUGUAGUAGCCGCCGGGCUCGAAUAGGGCCGUUUUGAGCCGGUCACAUCGUCAUCGGUUAGCAUCGUCGCAGUACCGGCAGCGCACUUGCGUUAGUGUACCUCGUUGGUGGGAUCGGUAUAGGUGUGCCCCCUGGGUGGGGGGCCGAUCGGAGAAACCAUCCUGCACAUCACACCCAGCAUGUUCCCGCAUGUGUGAACGAACGUGUAAAUUUGUGUCCAAUCAGCAAACAGAAGCGUCCUAACCAAAGUCAUCACAAAUAGGCACCUUCUGGACUUAAGGUCUUAAGAUAGGGAAAGUGGUUAUGCUCAAGAAAGGAAAGUGCAGUGUAGCUUAUUCAAAACAUCGUUCGGAAAUAGGAGAAACGACAAAUAUGAAGACAAUGAAGAUCCGUAGCAAGCAGAAACACCACGCUCAAACUGCAUGUGCAGAGUGAAACGCGCUCAGAUUACCGCCUCCAAUAACUGCAGGCUCGUUUGCGUAAUAUAGGGCAAACAGCAGCACACAAAAAAAAAGGAUCAAUAGUUUGGCCGGUUUUUUGUUGUUGUUGUUACCCGCACGGAGACACGGGAAAAGUACCCGGGAAAGGAUAUGAGCGUGUUCAGCGAUUUCCAGCGGAUGUGGGUGCAGCGGUUUCCCCAGAGUUCGCUCUCGGACGCAUGGGAGCAGGAUGUGCGGGCGAGCCUCGAACGGCACAAGCAAAAGAUCGCGGAACUGUCGAAGGAGCUCGAACAGGAGACGCUCUACGUUGAGUAUCUCGAACGGUUGCUGGGCGAUGUCGAGAAGUACAGGGAAGCGGGCGGUGAUCCGUCCACACUGUUCGAAGCAAAUUCCCCGGCAUCGGCUGCCAAUUUGUUGGCGGGCGGCGGUAAUCAAUUUCGCGAGCCACCCGGAAAGGCGGACGGUACGAACAACCAGGCGGGCGUGGAGGAAGUGAAUCAAAUAAUCAAAGCUGCGGCCGGUAAUCAACAAACAGCUGCAGGUACAGCACCACCCGCCGAAGAUGCGGAAGCGGCCAGUAAUGCGAUCGGCGGCGAAUCAACCGAACCAGGUGUCCAGCUGCGGUCACGUGAACUGCCGCCGAAUCGCAACAACAACAGCCCGCUGAAUCAGUGCAUCAACGAGCUAACCUCAAACCUGCACAGCCGCCGUUGCGUGAGCGAGCUGGUCGCAGCGAGCAGCGGCACCAACACCCCCAUCAACCCAACGGCCAACGAUACGGCCCAACAGUCAACUGGCGGGCAACAAUCAACCACGAACGGUACGGAACCGACAGCGAACGGGACGGCCAACCACGACGUACCGAGCGAGCCGGAACCGUCCGGACAUCCGGUACCGGAUGUGGGUCGUGCCGGCACCAACCGGACGCGCAGUGCCAGCCAAAGUGAAGCACAACCGUUGCUCGCCUCCCCGAGCCACUUCGUUACCGUGAUUGAAGUGAAAGAGUCAAAGAGCAAUGGGGGCGGCAGUGGUGGUGGUGGUAGUGCGGGUGGUGAUAAUUCAUCGCACGACAGUGAGACACCGUCGGUACCGAAGACGGCAAACUACGAGAAUGUGCUGAUCAACACCGGUGCCCGGUUCGGUGGCAGUGUGGAGAAUUUGGUUGCCGGUGAUCUACCACCGCACCAGCUGCAGCAUCAGCACAGCAGCGGUGUGAGCAGCAGUGCCAGCACGUUCCUGGAUGCGAAACAUCCGAAACCACCGGAUCGAACCAGCGACGGUGGUGGCAGCUUCACCGGUGGUAGUUCUAUAUCCGAGCGUACCUCGCAGCUGUUGGGAGCCUCGUCUGCCGCAGCCGACCUCAAGAAAAAGGUUCCCCCGCGUCCACCACCGAAAUAUGUGCGCCGGGCUGCUCCGGUUGAGCCACCGACGGUUCCAGCGAUGGCGAUGCAAAACCUCCGGAAUAAAGAUACGUCGGCGAGCGGUGGAUCGGCCAUUGGUCAGCUGUCCCAUUCCUCGCCCGAAGCAUCGGGCGCCCCGGACAGUCCCGGGACCAGCAGUUCGCUCGAGCGGAACAUUAAACCAUCGGAGAUCUAUCGUCAGAAGUCGUCCGAUUCGCUCGAUGUGAAGCUUGCCGGUUACCACGAACCAGGCAAGGCUCGUCUACCAAAGUCGGAUAGUCUCAAGUCGAAGUCGUCCAGCACGGACAGCCCUACCGGGUCGUUGGGUAAGGUGGCUGGCGGUACGCCCGGGAUCGGCGUAUCGCCGACCGGCAGCUUGGGCAAGCUGCCCACCAACAUGACCGGUAGCAGUAGUGACAGCCCAACCGGCAGCCUUGGCAAGAUGAACCAACAGCAUCAAACACCUCCCUAUGGCCAGUCGUACCAUCAGCGGCACGGUACGGAUGGUUUGCCGCACGUCGAUUCCAAGGAAUCGCUAACUUCGGGUGGUGGCGGCGGUACGGGAACGAUCGGUAGUACCGGUGGAGUUGGUCCCAUCUCCGAGCGGAUCAAAAGCUACGAAUCCAUUUCAUCCCUCAGCUCGGACAGUAUGCGCGUCAGUGGCCAACAGAGCCAGAAAGAUCAGGAACACUACUACGAUACGGUGCCGCUCGAUAACAGCGAUGGUGACUACGUGUACAUACAGCCGGGCGGUGUCGGUACCGGUUCAACGUCGAGCCGGGACGAUAUUUCAACGGUGGAAAAUGCCAGUACGCUUCUGAUGCCGUCGCAUCCGCGUAGUCACAACAGCAGCCAAACCAGCGUCCAGCUGGAACCAGAAUCUCCCGGACGUAGCAGCAACUACGUCAAUAUUGAGUACUUCAUCCACUCCAGUCAAAACAAUGAAAAUCGCAGCAGUUCCAUCGAUAGUGAUGGCGAAGGUGACGGUGGUGUACCGGUACUGAUGCGUGCGAUCUCGACCGAUACGGACGGUGGUGUUGGUGCAGGUGUUUCACCCGGCAUCGGCGGUACACCCAGUGGAAGUGGACUGUUCCGCAAGAUAUCGAACGCUAACCGGGACACCAUCAUACGGCGCAUCGUUACCAGCAUCAUCACGAGCGAAACACUGUACGUGGAGUGUUUGAACAAGAUGAAGCAGUACAUGAAGGCGAUCCGGGCGACGCUGACAACUUCGCAACCUGUGAUAUCGGAGGAGGAGUUCCAGACGAUCUUUUUCAAGAUCGAGGACUUGCAUGAGGUGCAUAGCGAGUUUCUGACGGAGCUGCAGGCCCGCCUGGCCGCACCGGACGAUGCGACCGCACCGGACACCGGUGGGCUGUGCGUGGGUGAACCGUUCCGUCGCCUGGCCGGCCAGAUACACCUGUACGGUGCGUUUCUGCACAAUUAUGGGCGUGCGAUCGAUACGGUUAAAAUGUGCAGCACGCACAGUCAACAGUUUAAGGAGAUUGUGUCGAACAUUGUGUUUAAGAACCAGAACGAGCAGAAACUAUCGCUGGAGGAGUUGCUGCACAAGCCGGUGGCGAGGGUGCAAAAGAAUGCGCUCGUGCUGGAGGAUCUGCUUAACCAGACGCCCGAGCAGCAUCCGGACUAUCAUCCGCUUCGGCAAGCGUCCAAUGCGAUACGUAAAUUCCUGCAAGAGUUUAACGUGGUGCAAACACGGUCCAUGUUCCCGAGCGACGAUAAAGCCCUCCGAAGAUUGGUAAAGAAUUCGUUCAUCGUUGAGCUUGCGGACGGCCACCGAAAGUUGCGACAUCUGCUGCUGUUUAACGAUGUGAUUGCGUGCGCCAAAUAUAAGGCGGUCGGCCGUACCGGGGAUCGGAAUGGGUUUGAGUUUGAGCUGAAAUGGUUCAUACCGCUUCGGGACAUACUGAUUUGUGAAGAGUCCGCAAACGAUCCGAAGGAAACGAGCCCGAUUAAUAUUGUGCACCUGAAGUCGCAGGCGUGCACCGUGCGUGAUCAAAUCAUGCUGGACGAGAAGGAUCGGCCGGGUGGUUCGAGCCGGGCAGGCGACAAGCACCGGAAGAAGCUAGCCGAUCUGGAGGCGCAGCUGGUACUUGCGUCACCGAAUCUGGUGUUCAAGAUUGGCAAUAAGGCGACCGGCAAAACGAUGACGUUCUUCCUCAGCUCAGAUUUCGAGCGUACGCAAUGGAUCGAGUCGAUACUGUCGUUACAGCAAUCGUGCAACCUGCCCGGUCACAUCCCAGUCCAGAUCUACGAUCUGCACGCGUGGAUAACGGCCUGUCAGGCGCUUAUUAAAACCGAGAUGGGUUCCUACCUGAUGCGAAACGCACGUGAUGAGAGCCUGCUGGUAGGCGACCUGCACCUUACCAUUCAGGGGCUGACCGGGUUCGAUCAACAGUGCGAUCUGUUCGUGUGUGUCGAGAUCGAUUCGUACGGGCACUAUUUCCGCAAGGCCAAAACGAAGCUUGUCUGUUGCAGUGCAACACCGCAGUGGAAUGAAUCGUUCGUGCUGGAGCUGGAGGGUAGCCAGAAUCUGCGUAUUCUGCUGUAUCAAGCUGAUGUCCAGCGUCCGAUUUUGCGCGCGAAGCAUAUUCUCAAAUUAAGCCGCAGCUGGAUGCAGGAAACACCCACUAGAAAGGUAUUGCAGCUGUCGGAAACGCUCAGCAUUAGCACGAUCAUACGAUUUGUACCGGGUGAGGUGACGUUGCGCCGGGUACCAACCUCCAAACCGGGCGCACUCUUUGGUGCCAAAUUGCAGCAGGUGAUCAAGCGCGAAAAGCGAGAUAUUCCAUUCAUCGUGAGUGCGUGCGUGAGGGAAGUUGAGCGACGCGGCAUGACCGAGGUCGGCAUCUAUCGCGUAUCCGGUUCGGCGUCCGACGUUGCAAAGCUAAAGAAAUCGUUCGAAACAAAUGCGUACGAGGCGGAACAGCUGCUGAAGGAGGUCGACAUACACUCGGUCACCGGGAUUCUUAAGUCGUACUUGCGCGAUCUGCCUGAAGCGCUUUUCACCGAUCAGUAUUAUCCGAAGUUCUUCGACGCGUUCAACCGCCAUUCGAACCUGAGUGAGGGUUCGCGCAUCCACGAGCUGCAGCGCAUAUUUGCUGAGCUUCCGCAACCGAACAAAGCCACUAUCAACCUGCUGCUAGAUCAUCUGAUGAGGGUACACCAGCAGGAGAUCGAAAACAAAAUGUCGCUACAUAAUCUGGCGAUGGUGUUUGGACCGACGCUACUGCGACCCGGCCCGAGCGCUACGAAACAGAAGGAUCUGCUAGAGUCAAGCACAGCCGACGUGAUGACGCAGGCCGGCAUUCUGUACAGCUUUUUGCAGGCGCGACUAAAAUAGUGUGACCGAACGAAAAACAAUUCCAUCAAUGCACGAAACGAACGAACGAAUGGCGUCCACCACACACCGCCCAGCAAAAACCGGAAUGCACCGCUCGAAAUUCGUCGCAACCAGAACUGAAUGAUUUGGUUACUGCUGUUUUGGUAUUUUUUUUUUUAUCCGGACGCACAUUGUACCGGGAUGCUUUUUGCUCAGACGAGGAUCUCCAUAUGCUCCAGAAGAGGAACAGAAAACGCCUUUCCGAUAAUUCUUUCAUUCGCUCCGCUCGCUCGCAUUAUUGCAGUGCGAGAUGUGAUUGUUUUGCUCGCUCGCUCUCACAGUAGCAGAUCGCAGAACAUAAAUGUUUAAGUAUAUAUAUGGAAAAAGCAGGAUGUAAUACACCCACUUUAGCUCGAGGGUUACAGACGUUCCGGUACGAAAGAUUUCUAGCCCAUUGUUUCUGAUCAGUACGUUCGCGGCUGAAACAGCUUUGUUGCUUGUUUUACGAAACACUACCAAAAGAUUUUUUGUUUGUUUUAUCAGUAAUAAGUUACACAUUUGUGUAUUAGUUAAGAGACCCCGGUUGGCACACAAUCUCUCUCUAUACCGUGUCCGAUAACAUGGUAUAGUGUAGUUGUAGAUAAUGCGUGCUGCUAGGAGCAUACCAGACAGAGAAAAAAGCACGACACAACAUAGCCGAAGCAAAACAUUCUCUCACCUCUUAGUUCUUAGAAACCAAAACAAACAAUGCUUGGAAAACGGAGCAGAAUUAGGAAUUAGCAAGCUAUAAAGAAAAUUCCCAAAGGCAAGACAAUACUACCCAGGCAGCUUAAUGUUUUUUUUUUUUGCUUUUUACUGAAACAAAAUCAACUGCUCGUGUUUUCUUUUGGUAGGUUAAGUGGUAUUUUAAUGUUACAGCGGUAAGAAUAAUUUUAUUUAUAAGGUAGCGCGCGCGCUACUGUAAGGGUGAAACCGUCGUUCCCCGUUGUGCAUUAGGUUAGUUUGUUAUUGCUUCAAAAGCAAUGCCGCCGUCACAUUCGGCUGUGUAUUAAUGCGUCGUCUGUUUAUUUCCCCGUACCGGAAACGUUUGCUUUCUUUCUCCGCCCGCUUAUCCCGUGUUUCGGGUACCGAGUGCCUACGUUUGUAAGAUGGUAUAACAUCUUGUUCGAAAAUAAGCGUUUCCCAGUUGUGUUUAACGUGUGAACACGUCAUUGGUGUUGUGCUUCUCAUCAGUAAUGAAGAGUUGGUGUUAGUGAUUUUUAUUUUGCUUUUAAUUUUUUGCUAAAACAUCGAAAGAUGCUAUCGAAUAACCAAAAUCGCGCAGAAAGACUAUUUCUAACACCUUGUAAAAUGCUUUAAAUGCGAAUUUGAACUCGUCUGUGUUGUUUUAAUCUGUCAUUUUGGUGUUUAUUGUUUUUUUUUUUAAUAUUUGUGACUAUAAGUAUUCGUUCACAGAUGAAAACGAACCAAAUUGCUACUCCAUAUUAUUUCUGUUAAUAGCUGUUGGUGUCUUAAGUUCAUAAGGAACAUUCCGAAGUCAUCAUGAGUACGAUGAUUUCAUUUGUAUUUUUGUUUGAUAUUGCAAAUAAUGCAAUCAAAAAUGGGAGAUUUAGCAGCGAUGAGAACACAGAAGGAAAUAAUAAUGUUGUGGUAGGAGUAUGACGUGUUACUGCGCCAGGGCACAUGGGAGAGCAUAGAGUGUGAGCGAGCGAAACAACAACAACAGGGUUCAGGGUCGAGCGAACGUGAAAUAGCAAGUAUGUGAUCACAUAAAAUAAAUCCAGAAAGGAACAUACAGCUGAAACGAAACGCAAUCUUUAUACAAACAAAACAUAUAUUAUUAUACUUAUUACAUGGGCAACUAUACAUACAAAUAGUUAUCUACAUAGACAUUUAAAACCUAAAAGCCAUUGAGAUAUCGCAAAACAAUACAAUACAUUCACUGGCAAAGUAUUUAGACAAAUUCGAAUGUAGUAGCGUUAGCGUAUGGCAAACGAGGGCGGUAAAAUAGAGUGACAGCAAUUUUUGUGCGCCAAGAAGUCAAGAAGUGUAGAGGACGAAGCUAACAAAUAUGAUGCAACGUGUAGUACAUCAGAAGGGGAUGAUAAAAAAAAGGGGAUGAAGGUAUGGAACAUGAUAGAGCAUGCAAGAAACAGUUGUGCGGUUGGGUGUGUGUGUGUGUGCAAGGCAAGAAGAAAACAAAUAUUUAAAAAGACACACACGCACGUACAUUUAAACAGGGAACACGGUUAUUUCGUCUAAAAUGCGUCAGGUCAGUUUAAAAAAAUGCAAACCAAACGAAAAAGAAAAACAAGAUAUACCACAUGAUAGUAUUUGUAUUCAAACGCCCGUAAAAUCAAAAUAGGAAGCCUAACCCUUCCGGUAUAUGCUUCCGCCCCCCUUUCGCCCACCACACCUCAUACCCGUCUGGGUCACAAACACUUUGAUCGUAAUCGUAUUUAGACAGUUUUUGACAAUUUUGCUCGAUGCGCCGAGAUUAAAAAAGAAGGAGAUAACAGAAGAAGAAAAAAAAACAGGAAGCAUUACAUGUGAAGCAAAUAAGAUAAGAGAGGAUAAGAGCUGAGCAACAUGUAAACGCAGC